AAUUAUAGAAUUAAAAGUGCUGUGUUGAAAGUGCUCUCUAUUUUUUGUGACUAAACUAUCCGAAUGUUCUAGAAAUUUUAAGAACUAGGCGUCCUGCACAUUCUAUUGACCUUUCUGUUACUGCGAAUAAGGUUCGAAGGUUAUCAAAAUGUUGCAACCAAUUAUGCAUGUUAUGAAGCAGAAAAAUAUUAUUCUAGCUUCUGGCUCGCCUAGGAGGAAAGAGUUGAUAGAAAAUAUUGGGUUAAAAGUAGGAUUGUGUCCAUCUCUAUUUGAAGAGAAUCUUGAUCCUAAAAGUUUUAAGAAUUUCUCGGAGUUUGUGGAAGAGACAGCGCUGCAGAAGGUUCUAGAAGUUGAGAACCGUCUGAUUGGGCAGGGCAAGGCUCCAGACAUAGUUAUAGGAGCGGAUACUAUGGUGACUCUGGAUGGAGAGAUGUUUGGGAAGCCUACCUCUGAAGCAGACGCUUUUCAGAUGUUGUCAAGAUUAUCAGGGCGGGGACACACAGUAUACACCGGAGUGGUGGUGAAGGCCAAGAACGAAACUGUCAAGUUCACCGAAAAGACUGAUGUCAUAUUUGGCAAACUGAAUGAAGACCAGAUCAACGGGUACAUUGCUACUGGUGAACCUAUGGACAAGGCAGGCGGCUACGGCAUCCAGGGUGUGGGCGGCACAUUCGUAGAGCGGGUUGAAGGAGAUUACUUCACUGUAGUGGGCUUGCCUCUCUACAGGCUCUGUGCUGUGCUUUAUGACAUUCAUAAGAGCUUAUAGCUUUACUCUUAGACCUUUUGUGGACGAUAGUACAUUAAUAAAGUAUCGAGUUUUUAGGAAGUACGUACCUACAUUUAUGUCCAGAAUUAGAGUAACUAACACCAUUUUGAAUAUAUGUGUAAACUGUAUAGCUUUUUGAAGGUUCGGCAACGCGCUAGUAUACCCCUGGAGUUGCAAGCGUCCACAGGCUUUGGUAACCGCUUACUUUAUGCAUUUGUACUAAUCUGUUCAAAACAGUAGGUAGGUAGGUUUUUUUACAUACUUUGUUUGAUUCCAAAGCAUACCUAGUUGUUGCUGUGAUAAUGUUGAUACUUGACUGUUUCUUUGUUGUUGUACAAUUCAUGUAAUUAUUUAUUUUUAUGUUAUAAGUGGAGAGAUCAUAAAUAAACAUAAUUAGUAUGA